AUGUCUGCCGCUGCUACCCAAAAGAAGAGAAUUUUUAAGACCCAUUCCUACAGAGGUGUCGACCUGGACAAGCUUUUGGAGAUGUCCACUGAGGACUUCGUCAAGCUGACCCCAGCGAGAGUCAGAAGAAGAUUUGCCCGUGGUCUGUCCACCAAGCCAGCCGGGUUCCUGAAGAAGUUGAGAACCGCCAAGUUGGCCGCGCCAGAGGGCGAGAAGCCAACCGCCGUCAGAACCCACUUGAGAAACAUGAUCAUCGUCCCAGAGAUGGUCGGGUCCGUCGUCGGGAUCUACAACGGUAAGGUCUUCAACCAGGUCGAAAUCAGACCGGAAAUGCUUGGCCACUACUUGGGUGAAUUCUCCAUCACUUACACCCCAGUCAGACACGGUAGAGCCGGUGCCACCACCUCCCGUUUCAUCCCAUUGAAAUAA